AUGCGAAAGAUCCUCCUUCUUCUUUUCUUUUCAACGACUUCUAUGGCUUCUUUUACCGUAAGAUCCGAAAAAAAAAUAGAAGAUUGAAAAUUCUUACAGCCCGUCGAUUGGGACAAGUACAAGCCGGUUAAAAUCAUGAGGAAUGAAAGUUUAACGGAAAAAAGCUCGAGAAAAGAAGAAUGGAAGCCGAUUCGCUUCAGAGUUUUCUACGCCAAAAGCGUUUUCGACGAGUGAUUUUUUUUUUCAAAACUUCAAAAACUAGUCUUAACAGACUAGCGAAAUAGUGUGUGAAAUCGGGAGGGUUUUGACGUCUGAUUUUUCAAAAAUCAUAAAAGGUUUGAAAAGACCGUUUGAAUUGCAGAGAUUCAGACGCUGGUACAGUUUUUUGUGACCCAGCGAAAUAGCAUUUGUUUAUGAGAGAUUUUGACGUCUAUUCAGUCAUUUUUUCAAGCUAAUAUCAAAGAUCUUCAUAGGAUCAAUAAUGGAGAGGUUUAAGGACAUAGAUGCAAAUUUCUAGCGAAACAGCGUGUGAAAUUGAGAGACUCAGACUUUUUUAAAAAUAAUUUUUGCAGUGAGAGUUUGAGCUGAUUUUUCCAAGAAUGUAGAAAUUUUGAAAAGACCGUGAGAAUUGCAGAGAUUUCAGACGUCGAAACAAUUAUUUUGUGACGCGUUCCAUAGAUCAUUUAUUUAUAAGAUCUUUUGAAGAAAUUUUAAAAAAACCUGAAUUGAUCUUUCGCGCUCCAUGGCAAACGAGAGGUUUUUAAAAAUCUGACUUGGGCAUCGGUAACGCGAAACGUUUUUGGGUGAUUCUAGGGACCACUUAAGAGUUCUGACGCUACUAAAGUGGUCACUAGAAAUUCACAGAAACUCUCCGUUUCGCCUUACCAUGCCCGAGCAAAAUUUGAUUUUUUAGCAUUUUUCAAUUUCUUUUUAUAUUUCAAGUUAUCUGUUUAACUAUCCUUUUUGAAGGAAAAUGGAAAGUCUUCAGGCUUCCUAUCGAUCAGACGAAAUUGAUACAAAAGAUUAUGAAAAGAGCAUUGGAAUUUUUCGACGUCAAGGUGCGGCCAUCGAGUGACUUUGGUCUUUACAAAACGUAAGGCAUUUUUUUUCCCAGGGAGUUUUCUCAGCUAACAUGGAGACUUUUGAGUCGAUUAUGGAUGCAUUUUAUCAGAGAUGGAGAAAUGGCGCCCCGAAGCGUUUUCAAACGUUUACAUUUCUGAACCAACGUAGGCCGCCAUGGCCAUUUCUUGAUAAGUCGCUGCCCAGGGCGCCCGGGGCCAAAACCGCGAUGGCAAAAACGCCAUUGGAAGAAAAAGAACGCGCAAAAAUUGGAAUCUUCUAAAAUCUUGUAAAAUCGUUGUUUUCGAAGCUUUAGAAAAAGGUUUUUUGAAUUUCCAAUUUGGUGGCGACGUAAAUUUAUUCUCUCACUAGUCAGCGGGUUUGUAACCAUGAAUCUGGAACAUUUCGCCUAAAGAAAAGAACAAAUAUAACCGUACUUCACAUAAAAAAAUUCAACUGGACAUCAUAUCCACUGAAAAAUUUAAAAAAUUAUUGAAAAAAUUGCGAAAUCCACGAUUUAAUGAAAAAUGAACAAAAAUGACCAUUUUCGCCCUACUUUUGCAACGUGGUAUUAUACGCCAUCGACACAUAAUGACGCGGCUCAUUUCUUCUCAGAGGCCUGAUGGCUGAGGCGGGCAUGUUGCGCCCUGGAGGGCCCCUCAUUUCUUCCACCUCUGCAUUUUUAUUACGCUGGUCCCAAGCUCGAAAAAUCCCGAGCGUACCUGUGGAAUAGCUGAGAACUCCUUUGAAGAUUUAAGCUUCGGAAUAUAUACUUUCUUACCUAUAAAGAAUAUAUAAAAUUUGAUCUUUGAAAAAAAUCUUGAAGUUCUUCAAAAACGAUGGUUUUUGGUUUGGUUUUUAUACAUAAAAAAAUGGUUUUUAUACAUAGGCAAAGUCGGAAAGGAUGGAAAAAGGCUUCAUAGAAAUGUCCCUUUUUGCUGCUUUUUGGGCCCUUUCAUGGGCUGCUGUGCACCAUUUUUGCAGCCUCUCCCUUUUUCUACCAUGUCUUGUUUCCAGAAAAAAUGGGAGGCCGAUAAAAAAAGACUCUUUUUGCUGCCUUUUUUGAGCCUUCUGCUCCCUUUCUGCGGCCUUUUUUGAGCCUUUCUGCGGCCUUUUUUUGAGCCUCUCUUUUAGCGGCUAUUCCGGCUUUGCCCGUGUAGUACCUUAAGGUCAACAGAACUUCAAGUUUUUUUUCCCAUUUCGAUUUUAUUUUCAAACUUUUGGCGUGGUUUUUGAUCUCAGAUUCGAAAUCAGAGUGAAAAUUUGCAUCCAUAAUUUUCUUCAUCAGCCCAAUUUGAGAUCUCCCACUUUUGAGAUCAAUAACGGAACAAAAAUAUUUUAGGAAGGACGGCUCGAAAUUCAAAAAGAUGUGCGCGGGUAAUCCUGUGUCAGACGAAUUCAAUGUUUUCACGGUUUUUUUUUAAAUUCAAACUUGGAAGAGGAAGAGAGAGUGAUGUAUUUGUAGAGACUUCAGAGAAAAAGAAAACUCUCACCUCUCUGGCGUCUCUUCAUGUCCUAUAUCUUGCCAUCACUUGCCUGAUUUCUCUGCGCUCUCUUCUCUACAUGCUGUUUUCUGGUUCCUAUGACCUAGAGAGAGAGAGAGGAAAGAGGGCGCAGACAGGUCAGACUGUCCCAAGUCAUGGCAAAAGGAAUUUGAAAAUGUAACCUUCAUUAAUUGCAGUGUUCGGAGGAAGAUCGAAAAAUUGGAUGCACUGACAAUGAUUUUAAACCCCUGAAGGUGAAACUUGGGAUUUUCAUGAACAGAUUCAACUCUGACUUUUUGGGACGUCGAUUAUGUCUGGAUGAUCGAAACGGGCCCAGGAGACGGGAGCACGAUAGCCGAAGCCAUUUUUUGCAGUCGUGAUCCGGAAAUCGAGUUUUUUGAUCCGAUAAAUUAUGAGAGAGCUUUUUUCCCAGGGACAGACCUGUUGCGGGGAAGGUGACCAUCAUGAAGGACAAACUGGAGAAAAAAAUGAAAAAAAUUUUGAGAGGGGUUCGUUUUUCGCCUUUUUAAUUCAGUUCACCCUGACUUGGAAGGUCACUUGGUGUACUUUGGAGUGUACAAAAAUGUGAAGUCCCUUACAUAAGACGAAAUUUUUGCGUAGGGUUCAGAACUUUCUAUGAAUUUGCUCGUACACUUUUGAUGGAAUGGGAAUCCCAAAUAGUCACUAUCUGGGCAAACGUCUAGUUUCGGAGAUAUGAUUUUUCACGGUAUUCUCACAAAAUUAUAAUAUUCUAAUCAGAAUUCUCGUAAAAAAUAAUGGCAAAAAAAUCUGGCGUCAAGAGGAUUAGAACCUUCAUCAUGAGCUCCACAGGCUAAAGCGCUAGCCACUGCUCCACGACCCUAGCUGUCUUGCAAUGGUUCGUGGCGCGGCCAAAUUCCUCCCAAACGAUGUCAAAUGGUUAAGGAUUGAAUCUUUGAAAAUUAAUAUCUCCAUAAUUAGAAGUUUGCGCAGAUAGCAACUCUAUGGGAUCGAUUCCCAGUCUAUCACAGAUUGAUUGACCAAAUUUAUAGCUUUUUUGAAUUUCAAAACCUCCGUUAUAUGAACAAAACUGAACAAAACGUAUACAUUCUCUGAAGAAAAUAGUAAUUUUUAUAGGAGAAAAAUUUCCUUGUGCAGGGCGAAGACGAGCUGUACACCACGAUCCUCCACGAAAUGGCUCAUGCCUUAUUUUUUUCAUCCUGCCCUUUUUGGAGAGCUUAUCCGAAAGCCAAGUGAGUUUCCUCGACGGAAAUUUAAUAUUUAAAACGAAAUACCUUUUUUUGAAAAAAAAUUUCAACAGAUGAUUAAUAGAUUAAAGUUCAAAAGACCCUUAUAGAGACCACUUGAGCUUCAGAGGUUAGACCCUAAAUCCCUAUAGGGACUACUAGAACUUUAGCUCUAUAGGGAGCACUCUUAAGAUCCACUAUACCACUGUAGAGGCUGAUUUCGUUUCUAACCCCUCUAGGGACCACUAAGGAUUUUAACGCGAAUCAUUGGGCUUAUAUUUGGAACAAAAUCCUCCAGACUGAGUUCCUAUAAAGUUAUCGAUUUUUUACCCCACUUUUUUUUUCCAGGGAACUCUACAAAGAUAACUUGAAAAGGUCCGAGGUCUACCCGGAAACGAAGGGAUCUGGAGUCGAUGAGACGUUUCACGGGAUCGCCUUUCCGAAAUCGUUGAAAGAAGCCAGGAAGUACUUUGACUGCCCCGAUAUGAAGUAUAUCGAGCUGGAGAACUCGAAAUACCCGGGAUCCGAGUUGGGACAUUAUGAAGCCGACUUUUUGCCGGUAAGUCAUUAGGCUCCCAUUUUGUGAGAAAUAACCGUAUAUCUGCUUCAAAUUAAGGGCUUCUACUUUGAAAAAUCGAUUAAAAAAACAAAAAAACACACCGAUAAUAAAGGAAACACAAAAUAUUGCUAUCCCAAUCGAAACCUGUGUUAAAUCAUCAUUUUUCACCAAAGAAGUUUUGCAAUCAAAGUUUGCAAAUUAUACUUAGCGACCGCAAAGCCCCGCCCCUUUUCGCGAGGGAAAAAAGGCCAUUUUUUUGGUAUUCCGUUUUUGAUUGUUUCGUACAACCGAUAGAAACAAUGAAAAAUGAUGAAAAUUUCAGCAUACAUGUAGAAAAGGUUUCUCUUUCCGUUGAAAAGGUUUUUAGGUACUUUCCAUGUGUUUCAACGGAGUGUCGUACGGAAUAGUAAUGCGAGUUCGAAAAAAAUAAACUUAGUUUCGCGUUUUGAUAUUAAUGUAGGUCGCGGACAAAGUUGAUUUUUUUGAAAACUACUUAUAAACAGUAAAAUGAAAUUUUUUUAAGCCAUAAAAAGUUCUAUGAUCGCCGAAAAAUUGAGAGGCGCGCAAAGUCAAAAAUUGUUUUUCUCAAUUGCAAUGCAGCAUUGGAAGAUGUUUAUGCUUUUUUUCAUAUUGAGAAAAAAACAUUGCUCAAAUAAUACUUGUUGACAACUACAAGCAAAUGUACUGUUUUUGAGUGGUAAAAAAGGUGGAGAAUUUUUUGGGAGUAAUUUUGAAACAUUUCCCGGUCGAAGACACGCGUUUUUUCUUACUCAUUUAUAAGAGUUUUUAAUUUUCAAACAAAUAAAGCAAUAAAAUCGAAAAUUCAAGAUCGCCGAAAAAUUUUUCUCAACAAAAAAGGUGAAUAAAAGUAGGCGAAAUUACAUUUUUAUGGGAUUCAAAGAGCACUGUAGGCUGUAUUUGUGCAGUCACUGAGACGAAAAUGAUGGUAAAGUGGAAUUACAGCUCGUAAAACCUUCUCUUUUGGCUCCUGAAACCGUGCCGCCCUUGCAAAUAAGAGUGCGCGCAGAUUGCAUGAGAAUUCGCAAAACCAAAAUUUCAGUGCAAAAAGUUUUGCUUUUCAAUUACUUUUAAAUAUUGUUUUCUCCUCUUAUUCUUAAUAUUUUUCGUUUUUCUUUUCUGUUUUCGCAUACUACAUGUUAAAAUCAUUGUUUUUUUAUAACAAAAAAACGAGGAGCUAGCUUAAGUUCGAAAAAUAGGUCUGUGGUCCCUAAUUAUACUUGAAUAGAAAGUUUUUGGGACAAAAAGAACUUUUUUGGGGGCAACAGAAAAAAUUAAAAAAUGAAAGAAACGAAGAAAAAAGCGAAAAUCCGAAAAAUGGCGAAGCCUGUUGUCCAUAGAGCAACUUUACUGCAAAGCGCCUUUUUGGCGGGAAUUCAAACUUUCCUCUCUUCGACUUUGAAUUAAUUUUUCUCCAAAACUAGGAAGUUCGGUACGUUUUCAAGUUCACCGUUCGAUUUGCAAUUAAAAACUUCACAAAGUACUGCUUUGAACAAUACCGUUUCCCUGUGACUUUAAAGGCGCAUGACCAGAGACAGGCUCCGCGUAUCGAAGUGAAGGCUUCUGUAACUCGUGGACAUAUACAUUAUCUUACCGUUUCGAAACACGAAAUUUUUUCGAUUUUUUUUCAGUACGAAACGAUGCGUGGUGAUGACAUCGGAUUCCCUUUAUUCUUCUCGAGAAUCACAUUAGCUUUGAUGGAGGACUCGGGAUGGUAUAAAGUCAAUUACUCGUGAGUUUAGGGACUUUCAGAAAAUUUGACCUGAAUCUAGAAGAAAAACUGUAGUGCUAUUGAAAUCAGAGUUUUGAGACGUCUCAAAUGAUACCAAAAACAGCUCGAUUGGUUCAAUUUGGAGAUUGUUAGAUGAAAAUUUUGAGAUAUAUCGUCCUGACACGAUUUUAGAAAAAUAGUGUCUGAUUUAUGGAGAGCGCAGAGAGACCCUCUUUUCAUGAUUUGAUCAAAGUUCGUCAGAAUUUUUGGAGAAUUAGUUUGAAUCAACGUGUAUUUUUUUGGUUGUUGAUCAUUUAAAAAUGAUAAUCAGCUUUUUGUCCUACGAAACCCUGUUUCAAAUUUUUCAUUGAAGUCAAAUCCUCCCUUCAAAAUGGAGCUCAAACGGUUCAGUUUUAGCUGGAACAGUCUCGUGAUUUUUUAAGGCUCUUGAAAAUUUCGACAAGUCCCUUUUUUUCCGACAUUCCGACAGGUUGAUUCACCCGAAAUAAUUGAAAUCGACGCAAAAUUUGAUUUUUCGAAGGUUCAAAAGCACCUAUUUGUCAUCAUUUUACUCAAUUUUGAACCGCGCAGAAAAAAAAACCCUGAACUAGGAACUCAAAAAAUCUAGGGGAAACUUUAGAGGCCCUUGGAGGGUUCUCUCUAGGGACCACUUUAACAAGCCCUAUAGGGGCCACUAAACCUUCAAAAAAUGGUCCCCAUACGGGACAUGCUGGUCGACGACUGUUAUAAACUCUAUAAGAAAAGCAAAAUGACUAAGCUUUUUUUGAAAGAAGAUCACUGUAGAGACCACUUGAGCUUUCGGGUCUAAGGCCCGAAAGUUUUUUUCGCCCCCUCCCCCUCGCUGUGUGUUCCCCUAGCCCCUAUAGUGACCAUUCUCGAAUUCCUAAGAAGUAGAAGAAAAAGCUUUUCAGAAAAGCCGAACCGAUGCCGGCUCCUUUGUCGAAAGACGCAUGUAAGGCCGUAAAAUCGUGCAAACUCGGCGAUUACAACGGAAAACCGUAUGAGUAGAACUGCAUCUCUUUUGAUUUUCAACACUUUCCUCUAGGAGUUUCAUCAAAAAGUGCGAGACGGAUCGAAAAGCCUACUACAGUAGACCUCACCAAUCCUCCAUGGCUGAGUGCCCCAUUCCAAAGGUUUUUUUUUUGAGUUUUCUCAGUUUCUGAGCUGGAGAUGAUCAUUGCAAUAGCUUUGCAACAGCAUAAAUUUGCAAGUUUGAAGCAUUUUUCUGCUAUCUGAAGCUUGCAAAUAACUCAUUUUUUGGAAUUAAUAGCCCCUUCUUCCCCAGUUUUAAGAGCUUUUUUUUUGCUUUUUAUGAGAGAUUUUUGUAAGGUUAUGGAUAGCCGUCAAGGCAUAUUUGACCAAUUUUUCAAGAGAUUAGAAAACUUAGUUGGCUGUUUCAGGGGCUUUCAGGGUUUCAGUGGUUUUUAAUAUAAUUUUCCUCGGAAGACACUUUUUUUCUGCUAUCUGAAGCUUGAGAAAAAAACUCAUUUUUUUCGGAAUUUUUUUAUAUUUGAACUGAAUAGAACCUUGUGAAUUUUUUUCCCAGUUUUAAGAGCUAUUUUUCUGUUUUUUAUUGGAGAUUUUUUUGUACAAAAUGGUCAUGGCAGAUUUGACCAUUUUUCCAAAAGAUUAAAAAAAUUUUAGUUUGCUGUUUCAGGGGCUUUCAGGGUUUCAGUGGUUUUUAAUAUAGUUUUUCCUCGGAAGACACUUUUUUUCUGCUAUCUGAAGCUUGAGAAAAAAACUCAUUUUUCGGAAUUUUUUUAUAUUUGAACUGAAUAGAACCUUGUGAAUUUUUUCCCAGUUUUAAGAGCUUUUUUUUGCUUUUUAUGAGAGAUUUUUGUAAGGUUAUGGAUAGCCGUCAAGGCAUAUUUGACCAAUUUUCCAAGAGAUUAGAAAUCUUAGUUUGCUGUUUCAGGGGCUUUCAGGGUUUCAGUGGUUUUUUUAAUAUAAUUUUCCUCGGAAGACACUUUUUCUGCUAUCUGAAGCUUGAGAAAAACUCAUUUUUCGGAAUUUUUAUAUUUGAACUGAAUAGAACCUUGUGAAUUUUUUCCCAGUUUUAAGAGCUAUUUUCUGUUUUUUUAUUGGAGAUUUUUUUGUACAAAAUGGUCAUGGCAGAUUUGACCAUUUUUCCAAAAGAUUAAAAAUUUUAGUUUGCUGUUUCAGGGGCUUUCAGGGUUUCAGUGGUUUUUUUAAUAUAGUUUUCCUCGGAAGACACUUUUUCUGCUAUCUGAAGCUUGAGAAAAACUCAUUUUUCGGAAUUUUUAUAUUUGAACUGAAUAGAACCUUGUGAAUUUUUUCCCAGUUUUAAGAGCUAUUUUCUGUUUUUUUUAUUGGAGAUUUUUGUACAAAAUGGUCAUGGCAGAUUUGACCAUUUUUCCAAAAGAUUAAAAAUUUUAGUUUGCUGUUUCAGGGGCUUUCAGGGUUUCAAUGAUUUUUUUUUCCUAUAGAUUUCCUCAGAAGACACUUUUUCUACAAUCUGAAGCUUUUAAAGUUCGUCCAUAUUAAUUUUAAACAAAACUUUGAUUUUUAAGGAUAAAACUUCAAAGUUCGUUUCAAGCAUUCAUCCGUCAACUUUUUUUAAAACGCUCUGACUUCCCUGCACUCUCUCAUCUCUAUGUGAAUGUGAAAACAGAGAGAAAAGAGCGCAGGCGUGUCAGACAGUUCGAAACAAUGACAAUUUCCCCCUUUUCAGCGCUUCGUUUGCAGUCACUCAUCAGGCAGCGAGGUGAGAAUCUUUUUUUUUAGUUUUAAAAUAUUUGUUUCAGGAUUGGAAAUGUCUGGAGCACGAGAGAAUGAAAUUUCUUCCACGUAAACCGAACGUAAGAAUUUUUAUCGACUUGAAACGAAUUUCGUACGUGGGCGCCAAUUUGAAUUCCCACAAAAUUUUUUGAUUUGUCGCCCAAAACGCUUCGCGACCGCUUCGCAUGCGAACUUGAAAAUGCCGCACUCGAGCCGAGAACACUGAAUUUUCAUAGCCCAUUCCGCGCCAGCUCCUGCAGAAAUGACCGUAUUCCAAAUUGUAUCAAAUCUGACCGCAAUUCGCUUCGAGUUUCUUAUAGUCUGUCCAGAUUUUGAAUUUAAAGUAGAAUGACGUCAUUCGAAAACGCUCUCUGAUUGGUUUAUCGUGCCAUUAGGGGCGGAGCUUCAGCUAGGACUUGACAUUUGAAAUCUGAACAGACUAUAGAGCAAAACUUCGAAAAGAUGUCACUACGGUAGUUUUUUUCUUACUGUGCUUUCAUAAAGUGACCGUUCUCCCGCCGUACACACCAGUAGAAUAUAGGUGCCACUUUUGUCCUCCCGAAAAUCUGGUUUAGGGCCCCCUAUAGGGGUUAAUAAAAAGGGACCUCUAGAGGGGGUAGCAUUUUUACUGAAGUUAGCUUCCUCAUGUUCGUCCCUUACUCUUUCAAAAAACGCCCCUUGAACAAUUUUUGAAAGCCCCUAUGAGGGCCCCGAAUCGUUUAGAAUGUUCAAGGGAAGCUCCGGGGACCCUAAAACUCUUCCCCUAUCGGGGCCCUUUCGAGAAAUCCGAAUUGGCGCCAAGAGUCACCUUUUCUUGAAUUUCAAGCCGUCGCUCAAGCUCCGCCCCUAAUGGCGCAAUCAACCAAUCAGAGAGCGAGACCCCCAAAGAGUAUUUUCGAAUGACGUCAUUGGACUUGACAUUUAAAACCGGAACGGGCUAUCGAUCAAAUUUCCGUAACCGGAAAAAAACCUGUUUAGGCAACGAGCAAUAGCAGAUACGCUCAAGCGAGAAAACUUUACGGAGGAUUGUGUUAUGAGGUUUUUUCGUCGAAAAUCCUCAAGAUUUUUCUGUUCGACAGUUUAUUUGCAACGAUGGAAGUUUUCAAUUCGUUUCCGGACAAAAUUAUUACGAUUGUAAGAAGGAGGGAGAUAAGGUGACGUUCAAGCAGGUUCCAUUUUUCGGUUUUCUGAAAGCUUUGACCCUAUUUUUCGCCUCAGAAGUACGGGAAAAAUAACCAUUUCCGACAGUUUUACGAGGAGACGACUGAGGAGAAACUUGACAAUAAGACGGUGGCCUUUUAGAGAUGUUUCUUCGGGUUAUUUUGGGGUUUUUGAGGAAUUGAACAAGUACUCUAUCGAUCGGACAGUGAUUUGCCCAAAGUACUGCGAAGUUUGUGCUGAAAAAGAUCCGAAAAACUGUAAGAAGAAAGAUGAAGACGAAGAUGAAGAGGAUUGUGAAGACGUCUCCAGUCAGCCUUCUUUUUUCGCUGUCUUAUUCGUCUCUCUUCUCUUUUUUAUUCAUCGUCAAUGAACCUUUUCAUUAUCAUUAAUCAUUUCUGGUACCAUUGUUUUUUAACACUUCCAAGGCGAGAGAAAAGAGACACAGGAAAGUCAGACAUUUUCAUAUCGAGAAAGUAUGAAGUCGAAAGCCUCUAUUUCGGUAUUUUUCAUCCGGCUUUUCUCAAAAAACAAUUUGAUGUGGCGAUGAUUUUUUUCGGUUUUGAAAGACCUUUUCUCGUAAAAUAAAAGGGUCUGCAACUUCCUCAAUAGUUUCUUAGAAGUUCUACUAGUUGUAAUUACAUUUUUUAUUGUUUUGAAACAAUUUCCAAUCGAUUUAAAGGCUUGAGAACAUCAAUAAGCACUUUGAUGUGAAAUUGAGUUAGUUAAAGGCACAGGGGCAGUAAAAACGGGGUUUUUGCGUGGAAGCAGUAUCUUGUAUAGUUUUUCUUUGCGAAUCGAACUAUGUACUCAAAAAAAUUGCAGAUUUGACUAAUUUUGAAGAAAGAAACUUUCCCGCCUUUAAUUUUGAAAAAUCUUUGGAUCGGUGCUCAGACAACUGAUUACAGUAGCCGUGAACGCGAUGUUGCGGACGUCUAAUUAGACUCGCAUUUUGUGAGAAAUAACCGGAUUUCUGCUUAAAAUUAAGGGUUUCUACUCUAGAAAACCGAUUAAGAAAACAGAAAACACACACCGAUAAUAAAGAAAACACAAAAUAUCGCAAUCCCAAUCGAAACCUGUGUAAAAUCAUCAUUUUCCACCAGAGAGCAAUUUUGAAAUCAAAGUUUGCAAAUUUCUUAUAAAUAGAAACUUUCAAGGACGAAAAGAACUUUAGUGACAACAGAGAAAAUGAAAGAAACAGAGAAAAAAGUUGAAAAGCGAAAAAUGGCGAAGCGUGUUGUCCAUAGAGCAACUUUACUGCAAAGCGCUCUUUUUCGCGGGAACUCAAACUUUCCUUUCUCCGACUUUGAAUUAUUUUUUCUCCAAAACUAGGAAGUUUGGUACGUUUCCAAGUUCACCGUUCGAUUCGCAAUGAAAAACUCUACCAAGUACUGCAUUGAACGGAAACACCGUUUUUUACUGCUUUCAUGCCUUUAAGAGAUAAUUCAAGGAAAUAUAUAAAAGCGCCCAAACAAGUUAUAAAAAAAUGUAAAUCAAGCCGUGACGUCGGUCGAAGUCAUUCCACCGACGAGAUGAGGACCAUCUUCCUUCUCCUUUUCUUUGUCGCGACUUCGACGGCCUCCGAUGUUGUAAGUUAUGAUUCCGAUGUGCUCGCAGUACGGAUAGUCUUUGCAGAUCUUCAAAUGGGAAAACUACAAACCGGUCAAAAUGACAAGGAAACUGCCAGAUAAAAGCUCGGAAGAACGCAAGUGGGAGCCGAUUCGCUACAGAGUGUUCUACGAUGAUUCUGUUUUCGACGAGUGAGCUUUUCCUUCAGAUGAAAAAUGCAACAGGAAAAAUGCCUUGAGGAACAUCUUUCGGAAAGCGGCGAGCUUUCCUUUUCCGAAGAGUACUGUAUGUGAAAGUCCGCAUUUGGCGAGUGCGCCUCGCGUGUUUGCACAUUCUUAUGAAAAGAGGUCACGAUUAUAGAAUCCUGUUGAAUUAUAUCCACCAUAAUUUUUGACGUUUCAUUAACCGAAAACUAAAAUUCUUAGAUUAAAAAUAGAAGGAACGCGGAAACGAGACCACGCCAAAUGCGGACUUUCUCAUACUUAGAAUCGAUGAAGGGGUCUCUUUAGGGUUAGAGGAAAACAGCCCUUAUUGGUGGCCCUUUUUGGGAGCUUCUUUUUCAGAUUUGGAAUUUGAAAAGAGAAUUUCGAUCAAUUGAUCCCUUGGAGAUAUUUUUUCAUUCAAACAACGCUAAUUUAUCGAGUUUUUCGCAUGGAAAUGCUUCUUCGUAUAUAGUUUAUAACAAAAACUGACUAGCAGGUCCCUGGAGAGGCCACUGAUCAAAAACCCGUAGGGGCUUCUUUUGCAAAUUCACUUACUUUCGAACCACAGAGCUCUGUUGGGAGCGGAUUUCGCUGCUUUACAUUCAAAGUCAGAACAAAAUAUAUGCGCAAUUCAUUUGGUGGCCCCUAGAGUGGAAUCCCUCCAGGGACCGCUCUGGAGCUCCUAAUUACAGUACUCUUAGUAGUACGAAAAAGGAAAAAUUAUUGGAAACUGCUGCAACUGGCUGUCCCGAACAAAUUUUACUUGCAGCAUUCCGGUUUCUCAGACGAAACUUCUGCAGAAAGUUAUAAAAAGGGCGUUGAAAUUUUUCGACGUCAAAGUACAGCGUGAAGAAGAGUUUUCCAUUUACAAAUCGUAGGAAAAAAAUUUCGAUUGAAUAUAGAACAAUAACCGGUUUCAGACUCAAUGUAAACACUAGUAAGUACGAAAACAUGUGUGAAGACACGGUUUUGAGCAACAAGUAUGAUUUUUACGAGGUGAGCCUUUUUCCAAAUUUUUUUGUUGACUAUUGUUUUGAGUGUGCCGAGGGGACUGAAGAGAAAGGUUGCGAUGACGAGGGUCACAAAACCUUGAAGGUGAUGUUCAAAACGAUAUGAUCCAGUAGAGUAAGAGAAAAGAAAUGAAGUUUUUUUCAAAUUUUUCAAUCGCAAAACUGUAUCGAGAUUUAAUACAGUACCGCUCAAAAAGUAUAUUAAGUUUUGGUUUUUGAGGAUAUCUCAGCGAGUGCUUAUCCGAUUUAUAUAUAACUUUCAGGGAUAAUGUGCAAUAUACUUUGAAACAUAUACGGCAUACAAAGACAUGUCCGCAAUCACUUUGACGCGUUUUAGGCAUUUUUUUAUUGAAUUCAAUUUUUUGUUUUUUUAUGCUUUUAUUUUUUUAUUUGUUUUUUUAUUAAAUUUUUUUCAAAAGUGAUAAUGUUGCCAUAUUUUUUUCAUGUUUUUCAGACAUGGGAAGAACCUCUGGAAAAAAGGAUUUGACAAAUAACGACAAAAGAGCCAUCGUUGUGGGUCAUCAAAAUGGACUGACCAUGAUGACGUUGGCAGGAAUGUUCGGCGUGACAGAGGCGUGCAUUUCUCAGUUCCUAAAGCGUCAGAAAGCUCAAGAUGGCUCUACUAAGAGCCAACGCACUGGAAGACCACGUGUCACGGAUCUUAAUGACGAUAGAAACAUUUUGAAGACGCCUAGAACCAAUCCAAGACUCACCGCCCUUGCCAUCAGACGGGAAGUUUUCUUGAAUUCGCCAUCUCCGCCAUCCGUCUCGACCGUGAAACGACGUCUGAAUGCUGCUGGAAUCAUGGGAAGACGUGCAGAGAAAAAAACGGUGAUUUCUGAAAAGAAUCGAGCCGCCAGGGUGAAGUGGGUCUCAACUGGACCCGUCAAGACUGGAACAAGAUUCUGUGGUCCGACGAAACGGUCCUCCACCAUGUUUCACAGUGGGUAAUUGGUAUUUCGGAUGAUAUCUGGACCCAAUUGGUCUACGAACCCACUGAAUUCCGUCACUUCCGAAGAGGAGGAACUUGCUCUCGUCGGACCACAGAAUCUUGUUCCAGUCUCGACGGGUCCAGUUCAGAUGCUCCUUCGCCCACUUCACCCUGGCGGCUCGAUUCUUUUCAGAAAUCAGCGGUUUCUUCACUGGACGUCUUCCCAUGAUUCCAGCAGCAUUCAGACGUCGUUUCACGGUCGAGACGGAUGGCGGAGAUGGCGAAUUCAAGAAAACUUCCCGUCUGAUGGCAAGGGCGGUGAGUCUUGGAUUGGUUCUAGGCGUCUUCAAAAUGUUUCUAUCGUCAUUAAGAUGAGUGACACGUGGUCUUCCAGUGCGUUGGCUCUUAGUAGAGCCAUCUUGAGCUUUCCAACGCUUUAGGAACUGAGAAAUGCACGCCUCUGUCACGCCGAACAUUCCUGCCAACGUCAUCAUGGUCAGUCCAUUUUGACGACCCACAACAAUGGCUCUUUUGUCGUUAUCAGUCAAAUCUUUUUUUUCAGAGGUUUUUACCAUGUCUGAAAACAUGAAAAAAAUCAUAUGGCAACAUUAUUACUCUUAAAAAAUUUAAUAAAAACAAAAAAAAGAAAAGCAUAAAAAACAAAAAAAAUUGAAUUCAAUAAAAAAUGCCUAAAACGCGUCACAGUGAUUGCGGACAUGUCUUUGUAUGCCGUAUAUGUUUCAAAAGUAUAUUGCACAUUAUCCCUGAAAGUUAUAUACAAAUCGGAUAAGUACUCGUUGAGAUAUCCUCAAAAAACCAAAACUUAAUAUACUUUUGAGCGGUACUGUAUAUUUUAAUCCCCGUCUUCCUAUUUUUCUAUCGUAAGAGUCGAGACAUGGGAAGGCGAUGAUAUGGUCAAUCUAUCCCGAAUAUAGUCUGUUCAGAUUUUGAACGUCAAGUGGUCCUUAAAGCUCCGCCUCCUAAUAGCGCGAUAAACCAAUCAGAAAGCGAGCCAUCCACAGAGUGUUUUUGAAUGACGUCAUUGCACUCGACAUUAAAAGUCUGAACAGACUAUAGGAUCACAAAAAAAAAAUGCGAAAAAGAGCAAGCGCGCCCCAUCAAAAAACAACGCCACGUGCGCGUGUGCGUCGCGUGGCGUUGUUUUUUUCUUCACAUCAGUUGGCUUGCGUGGUGUCGCCGUGCUAGUUUCUUUCAUCUUUAAACUGGAAAACGAUAUAAAACUCUCUUUUCCAGAAUAUCGACUAUGUUUGGUUCGUGUUAAUAGAAGAUAGACCAAGUUUUGCCGCCACAGCCGGACCCUGCAAUUACUUUCCUGGAACAAAGUUUUUUUUUUCUUUGUAAACCCCUGGUGUGUUCAUCGGGAAAAAAAAAACUAAACUUGUUCCGAAUCGCAAGGAAGUUGCUCCGAUACAAAAUUUAUUACUGUUUCGGAGCAACUUUGGGGCGCCGAUGAACACUCUUUUGCUUAUUGAAACGUGUUCCGUUUUUGAAAACAUCACGUUCAAAAAAGUAAAUAUUUCGAAAAAGCUUGCGAGAAAGCCUAGUGCCACGGCGUUCCCAAACGGGGUGGGGAAACGUCAAAAAAAUUUUAGCGCGAAAUUUGAAAUCUCAAGUACGCAGCCAAAUUCAUUCUUCAUGCCGCUGAAUACUCAGUUUAAUUUGCAACGAUAGGUAGCUGUGACGUCACAGUCCUUUUAUCCGAAGCGCGCACUUACUUUUUUGUUUGUAAAUUCAGAAACUUUGACGCCUCGCUCACCUUCCCUCACCCCAUUAGGAAUGCCAUGAGUGCGCUCUCUAUGUGAGACGCGAGUUUUUAGAAUGCCUCGUUUUUUUGAAUCGAACUAGAGUAUAUUAUUUUUUUAUCCUUCUCAAUAGGAAACUAUUAGUUUUUUUAUUCCACUUGUUGAAAAAAAAUUUUGGAAUUUCUGAAAAUAAAAAAAUGUAGGAAAUUGAUGUUUUUAAUUGCUUGUUGGCUCGACCAUAAUUCGUUUGUUUUUCAGUAUGAAACCGAAUGUUGGCUUGUUAAAUGUUGGGAGAGCUACAUUAUCGGACGCAGAAAGUAGAAUAACGAGAGAGGUUUGUAUAUCUUUUUUUUCAAUACUUGAACCAGAUUUUCUAACCUCGAAAAAACCAGUGUCCCUACAAAGGUCACUCGGAAUAUGAACACCAGUAGCUACCGGGUAGCCAUUCUGCCUUGAUGGAAGAAAAUCUUAAAGAUUUGGAAAUGCGGAACGGCUUUGGAAGGUGACUAGGGAUCUUCUCGGGCGGAUUUCGUCUAGCCAUUUGGCAAGAAAAUAGAGCAUGGUGUCAAUUGCAUGAAUAAAACAGGGAUAAUGCCUUGAGCCAUUCCAAGUGUGGCCAAAGGUUUACAUCGCUGCUGUCCAAAUGAUAAUGACCAGCAUUGUUGGGCUCACGAUAAUCGCUUCGAUGAUCUGAAACAUUGGAAAUAUUGAAAAUUCAAGAAUACUAACAAUUUCACUUGAUACGCGUUUCCGAGCCCGAAUAGAAAAAAAUGGUAGACGAUUUGCGCGCGAAAUUUUGAAUAUUUUGUUGCUCGAAAGCUUCCGGUUGUUUUUAUUUUUAUUCCAGUUAUGUCUUCCUUUUUUUUGUCUCUAAUUUAAGUUUAAUCUUCUUCCUUGCGGAAGAAGAACUUUAAGGACUUUCUUGUUUUUUUAAAUUUCAAAAUUAACGACCCGGCUUUGAAGGAAUUUCCCUUUUAAAGCUGAAAACCCUUUCAAUUUCAGUACUUUAACGUGCGAUUUCUAUCUCUCAGGCGAUUCCUGGGAAAGUAUUCGGAAGGUACUUGGAAGGUUUUGGGGGGAUAGCCUGCCGGCAGGCUUCCGGCAACCUUUUCGAAGUUUUUGAUUUUUACCCAUCCAAUGACUUUCCAACUACCUUCUGAAAACCUUACGAAGGCCUUCUCCUCUCGAGACCAUCUAGCUUCCAUUCUCCUUCCAACCUCAUUCCAGCUUUCUUCCGAUUAUCUUUCUAAUAUAGUCUGUGUGCCGAGACUUGGAAUUUCACCGAACGACAUUCCGCUGUUCCACUGCGUCGCAAAGCGUCACUGCGAGCCUCGGUUCACUAAAUCAAUGAUCCUAAAUAAACAACUAACGAUUAGUUACCUGGUAGCAGUCGCAUAUGUCAGGUGGGAUGACGAUGAUCCCGACAUCUACCCAGAUCUAUGCAGUUACCAUAGAGACACUGGUAGCUGUCCUCAUUCUUUCGGAGGAAAUUUUCUGGAGGGUUCGAAUUUCGAAAAUAUUUUGCAGGGCGAAGAGAAUCUGUACAACAUUUUGCGACACGAAAUGUCUCAUGCGCUGUUCUUCAAUGAAAUUUUCUUUAUGAAAGCAUUUCCGGACUCGGCGUAAGUUCGAAUUUUCCCAGUGCUCCAAAAAUAAAAAGCAACACAUAGAAAAAAAAGAAGGUGAGGGGACCUGGGCUGUGUAGACCAGCUAUGGCUACAAAGAAGAAAAAAACAAAUAUAGUCAGAGAGCGCAAAGCCCCGAUCCUUUUUGCGAUAGUUAAAGAUCUGUUCUCAUUUAUUUUUUGAGGUUCGCAUUUAAAAAGAAAUAGAAGAAGUUUCAGAAACCUUUUCAAGAAAACGACGAGGUCCAUCGUUUAUUCAGAAACAUUGGGGUCUGGGAUGAACGAAACCUUUUACGGAAUCGCUUUUCCCAAAGCGUUGGAAGAGGCGAGAAAAUAUCUCGAAUGUCCUGACCUCCAAUAUAUCGAGUUAGAAAACUCAGGUGAUGAGGCUACAGCAGGAAGUCAUUAUGACGUCGAUUUUCUGCCGGUAAUCCCAAGAGUUUUAUCAAAGAGUUUUCGGAACUUGACAGUACGAAACGAUGCGCAGUGAUAUCGCUCCGUUUCGCAUAGCCUAUUCGAGAAUCUCACUGGCUCUGAUGGAAGACUCGGGCUGGUACAAAGUCGACUACUCGUAUGUUUGAAAAUCGAUUUGGAAGAAAAAAAAAAUGUUUAAACGAGAAUUUGAAUUGGCGAUAAAUGGAAGGCCUACCAAUCUUGUGACGCCGGUAUUUGUUAACUAGGCUUGUGCGAGGGCAGCCCCGUCAGUCUGUCCCUCCGCCCGAUCAUUUCCCAAGCCCGGCCUUAGGGAAACCUCAAGCAGAAAUGGCCGGCCGAAUUUUCAUCAAGUCAAACUUUUCGCUUUUUUAACAACGAAAGUGGUGUUUUGCUUAUUUUUUUCUCAUAGAGUCAUUAGAAACUAUGAUUCAACAAGAAAAAAUAAUUUUUCGGUGAAGUUUUUUCAAAAUGAAAUUUAAGAUUUUUUUUUCGAAGCCCGGCCUGGUCCGAAGGCUUUUUUUUAAGAUGAAAGCCUAAAACUCGGCCUGACGCACGAGUCUGUUGUCAACCUGGCCUCACUACUGUCUUCGGCGGAGCGCUUUUCCCCAAGCUUCCUUUAGAACUUUGUUUUUAAUGCAAAAAAAAUUCUUGAAAGAUCUUCGUUAGAAUCUAAUAAUUACAUGCUGAUUAUUUUAUUUGAAAAAUUUUAUGCAAACUAUUUCUGUGCUUAUACAAUUAUAAACCGUGGUAAGGCCAGGUUGACAGAUACCCGCGUCUUCAAUCUCAUUGGAAAAAGCGGCCAAAGUCGGCUGUUGAUUUAAAUUUUCACUUCAAAUCAAUCAAAUAACAACAAAAAAUCGUUCAGUAAAGCAGAGCCGAUGCAACCUCCUUUGUCAAAAGACGCUUGUAGAGCCGCGAAAUCCUGCAAAUUCAGUGAUUACAAAGGGCAGCUGUAUGAUUAGAACUGAUUUCCUAUUGGUUUGAAACUGUACUCCAGGAAUUUCACUACAAAAUGCGAUACGGAUCGUAAAGGGUACUUGGGGAUGCCUCACAAAUCCAAGUUCGCCGACUGUCCCGUUCCGCAAGUCAGUUGAAGUUCACUAUUUCGAUGCUUACUUUGAGAUUUCAGCACAUCAUCUGCAGUUAUACAUAUGGCAGUGAGGUACGCUUCGAUAAAUGAGAAUAAAAAGCCACCCUUCAAUCAAUUUUGAUAAAUUUCUUACUCGAAUUAUCUUUAAGCCAAAACAAAACAAUCUGGUUCAGAUUUUGAAAGUCAAACAGCUACUCUUGCCCCCAGUUAAUACUGUAACUUUUCGCUUCGAGUGAUUGUCGCGCAAAAUAAUGAUCCUUUAUUAGUGUAGGGACCGCAAAGCCACGCCCCUUUUCGCAAUAGAAAAAAUGGCUUUUUUUUGGUUUUCAACUUUCAUUUUAUUGUAGUUGCAAAAUAUGUGGGACUGGCUAGUUAAAUUUGACACACAUGUACAGAAAAGCUUCCUCUUUCGUUUAAAAAAUAUUUCACGAUUUUUUUGGAUGCGUUCUCGCGGAAUGUCGUACAAAAAAACGUGAAUGGAACUAAAAAAAUUUUUGUCAUUUUUUUGCUUUUUUUCAAGUGUUUUUCAGGUCGAACGCACUCUUCUUUUUUUAAAUAAUGAUUUUUGAUUCAAGUAACGGUAAUUUUAAAACAAUAAAAUAAAAAAAUCCGUCUUUGCCAAAAAAAUUUUUAGGGAGUGCCGAAAGUCAUAAUUCAAAAUAUCGUUAAUAAGCGAAUAUAACCGAGUUUUUUUGUUUUUUUCAAAAUUUAAAUCAUGGGCUUACUUGAAAUAUUUCUCUACAGCAUCUGUGCUUGAAAAAAUUUUUUAAUACCCAAAAAUGCUCUUUGAAACUAGAGAAAUAAAAUAGCGGUGUUGGGAAUACGACAUUUCACAUAAUGCCAUUUCACAUAAUGACAAUUCACAUAAUGCCAUUUCCCAUAAUGCGACAUUUCACAUAAUGUCAUUUCACAUAAUAUGAAAUUUCCCAUAAUGACAGUUCACAUAAUGGCAUCACACAUAAUGCGACUUUUUCACAUAAUGAAAUUUCACAUAAUGUGACUUUUUCACAUAAUAUAAAGUUUCACAUAAUGCUCUUUUUGCCAACAAGAUUAACAUAAUUCUUGAUUUACUUGAACGAUGGGGACGUUACAGUUGGGCAAAUUUUUUUCGGUCUUUUUUUAUAAAGUUAUAAUUGAAUACUCUUCGAUAUUUAGUAUGGAUAUAUAUACAUUUUUGCUUAUGAAUUUUGCUUGAAAAGUUAUUAUUUACAAAAAGCCUAAAUGAGUGAGUUGGUAAAUAUAUAGAGGUCACACAUCGUGCUCUCCUCGUCAUCGCACAUUUUUUUUCGCUCCUGAGGGUUGAAGGAAACGUCUCGAUACUGACGACGUUGAUACCGGCUUCUGCCCAGGUCACACAUCAUGCUCUUAUCGUCCUCGCACAUUUUUUCUUCGCGCCUAAGGGGUGAAGGAGUCGUCUCAAUAUUUGCGAAGUGUAUACGAGUUCUUCUCUGUUGUUAUAGUGUUUUUCUGACGCUCCGCCCAUAUCCCUAUAUAAAGGCUGCUAGAUUUUCCACUCAAUCUUUGUCUUUCUCUCGAUCAGCGUUGUCGUCACUAGUUUUAGGUUUCAGUUUUUCGUCAAUUUUUCGUUUUUGUUUUCGUGUUUGGCUCAUUUUUGCGUUUCUCCAAUGGCUCAUCCAACUUUGAAAGUGUACGAUGACAGGUCUGAUAAUAGAAAAAAAAAUAAUAAAUACAUGAAAAAUUAUGAGAACCCUCUAGGCAAAAGCAUAAAAAGCAUUAUGUGAAAAGUCGCUUUAUGUGAAACGUUAUUAUGUGAAAAGUCGCAUUAUGUGAAUCGUCAUUAUGUGAAGAGUCGUAUUAUGUUAACUGUCGGGUUAUGUGAAAUGUCAUUAUGUGAAUUGUCGUAUUAUGUGAAAUGUCAUUAUGUGAAAUGGCAUUAUGUAAAUUGUCAUUAUGUGAAAUGGCAUUAUGUGAAAUGUCGUACAUUCAGCGGUGUUUAUCCCACCGAAAGCGGUCGAACGCAAGUUUUUUUGUUUUUCUGGAAAAUACCAACUUUUUUUCGGCAAACUAGCAAAUUAUAGCUAUAUUAUGAUUUUUUUACAUCAUAAUAGACCAGUAUCAAAAACUUUGUUUCUAGAAGAAAAAAAUCGAGAAAAAAAUGUCAAAAAUGAAUAAUACUAAAAUUUCAGUACUAAAAAAAUGGUGAGCGGCGCGCCACAUUUUUCCGUCAUAACUUUUUUUCCAUCCUCAAUCUUUUUUUCGAAAAAAACGAAACGAUUCUGAGUUUUGAAUCGAAACAGCUAUCAAACCAUUCAAAGCUUAAUGCUGAAAAAAUUUUUUUUAAAAGUUCGUCUGCGGUCCCAAUAUUAGUGCCACACUUUUUUUGAUCUUUUUUUGAAUUAACAGUAAGAAAAAAAUAGAAGGUGUUAUGAAAAAAAUAAAAAGACCGGUGAAAAGUUUGAACGGCGACUUUUACGAUUUUUUCGUAUCGCUAGGGAAAUUUCCAACGGAGAAGUUUCCGACAAAUCCAUUUUUUUCUCUCGGUGAAAACUUUCCCAUAUAAAUCAGGUAGUUGAAUCAUGGGAAAACAGAACACAAAGAAGUAGGAAAAAAAUAAUGUAAAUAGAUGUUUUAUUAACCAAAAAGUAUAAGGGAAAAACGGAAAAUAUUCCGUCGGUAAGUUCCCUAGCGAUAUGAAAAAAUCGGAAAAGUCGCCGUUCGAAAAUUCUCUGGUUUUUUUUAUCAUACAACCAAAUAAGGUCAAAAAAGGUAGCACUAUUAAAGGACCAUCGUUGAAACUAAAAUUGACACGAAAAAUAUUGUAGCCGUGGAGGGGGAGUUGAUUGCUUGACAUUCAAAACCUGAACAGACUAUAGACUCUAGUUUUUUCGAGAAACAACGCAUAAUCACAAUAAACAUUUUAGGACUGGAAAUGCUUGGAACAUGAAGUUAUUCUGUUUCAAACAAACACAAGAAAGGCAAGACAAAGAUUUUGGGGGAAAAAAAGAAAAGAACUUUUUAGGCAAAACAAAGACAGUCUACAAUGGACUGUGUUAUGAGGUUAUCAUUCAAAUUUUCAAAAAAGAAUCUUUCUUCGACAGAUCAUAUGCAACGAAGGAAGUUUCCAGUUUGUUUCUGGACAAGAUUACUUCGAUUGCAAGAAAGAGGGAGAUAAGGUGACCUUCAAGCAGGUUCCAUUUUUUGGUUUUUGAAAGUUUUGACCGCUUUUUGCGUCAGAACUACGGGAUAAAUAACCAUUUCCGACAUCUUUACGAACAGACGACUGAAACAGUGCUCAACAACAUUACAGUACUUAUCAAGUUUUUUUGCAUCCUUGAAAAAUGAGUUUUUGAGUUUCUGAGCAAUUACACUGCCGAAAGGACUGUGAUUUGCCCAAAGUACUGCGAAGUGUGCGCGGAAAAAGAUCCGAAGACGUGCAAAGAAGAGGAAGCAGAAGAAGAAGAAGAAGAAGACGAGGUCUGCGACGACGACUAG